AUUCAGGUGUGGCUUUCUCACAGCCCUGCUGAUAUCCUGCUGUGUGGAGUUGGAAACUGCAGAGAAAGUUAGAGAGCUCUGAGGACAUGGCCGACACUUCCAUCAAACCCGUCUCCAAAUGCCAAAGCUGCAUAGAAAUUCCAACCUUCUCAGAGUCAGAGGACCCUAAGGUGGUCAAGUAUUGUAAAAGCCGCUCCGUCACGGAGCUGGGAUCCUUAAAGGUUACGUCCAAUGGCUCCACCGCUGCAACUUCAGUUAAUGUGCAUCUUCCAGGCGACAAGGAGGCUGAGGGUGAGGCAGUCCUUUGUGACUUCUGCUUGGAGGAAAAGGUGAAAGCGGUGAAGACGUGCCUUACCUGCGUGGUGAAUUACUGCACCACCCACCUCAGACCCCACUUAGAUAACCCCAAGCUGCACUCCCAUCAGCUGGUGUCCCCUCUGAGCGAUACCGACUUGCGGACUUGCGCUUUGCACAACAAACCCCUGGAACUCUUCUGCAAGUUGGACCUCUUGUGUAUUUGCGAGGAAUGCGCAGAGUGGCAGCAUAAAGACCACCAACCGAUACCCUGCGCCGAAGCAAAGAAGCAAGUAGAGGAGGAACUACAGAAAAUAGUGACGGACUAUGACUGGAAGCUGAAGUCGGCUGAGAACUCCAUCGUCAAAUUAGAAGCCAAUAGCACAUCAAUACAGAAUUCUGUCACGGAAGCCAGAAAGUCCAUCGACCUUCAGUUUGAAGAAUUACAGGAAGCGGUGAAGAAAGCCCACACCAAAGUCCUAGAUUUCCUGGAUCAAAGGGAGAAGGCGGCGAUCAACCAGUCUGUAGGGAUCAAGACCCACCUGGAACAGAAAUGCAACGACCUGAAGAAGACCAAAGCCAAAGUGGAGGACAUCUCCAAACACAAGAGCAAGUCCUGUUUCCUUCAGGAAUACUGUGAAUUUAAGAAGACUGUGGGUGACGACACGAUCCCCAGCGUUUAUAUCGGGCUCAAAGACAAGUUGUCUGGGAUCAGGAAGGUGGUGACGGAGUCAACGGAAAAACUUAUUCAGCUGCUGCAACCCUCGUACAUAGACACGCUUGAAGAGUUUGCAAAGGAAGAUGAGCUGUCAAUCAAGAAUGUGGUGUCGGCAAUAGUCCCUGCCAACCACAGGAUAUCGGCUCCGGAGCCCUCAACAAGAGAAGAGUUCCUAAAAUAUAAAUCGAAUGUUACAUUGGACCCAGCGACGGCUCACUGUUUUCUGAGACUGUUACAAAACAACCGCAAAGUCUCCAACGCUUCCCCUUGGCAGCAGACCUACCCCGACUGUCCAGAACGAUUUGAAAACUUCUGCCAGGUCCUCAGCGCAGAAAGUUUUUACGUGAGCCGCCACUAUUUUGAAGCCGAGUUCAAAGGCGAGCUCUUCUACAUCGGCGUGACUUACAAAUGUAUCGACAGGAAGGGCUCGGAGAGCAACAGCGCCAUAACGGGCAACGACUUCUCCUGGGCCCUGAAGUGGAACGGCAAAGAGUUCUCCGCCUGGCACAGCGAGGUGGAGAUUCCAAUAAAGUCAGGGAAGUUCUCAAGGAUCGGCGUCUACAUUGACCACCAGAGAGGAACUGUGGAAUUCUACGGUGUGACCGACUCAAUGACACUCCUGCAUAAGUUUGAGGGGCCUUUUGCUGAACCCUUGUAUGCAGCCUUUUUGCUUCCCAAGAAGGAAAACUCGGUGACUAUUAUUGCACCCGAAAACAUGGCCCAAUCUGUGGAGGCAUUGCCACCACCUGAGACCAAGGUGACCACAACCACCUCGAAAGAAACCAUCACAGCGAAUACCAAGACCGAGGUUACCAUCAGUACCACUGUUCAGAUCAUCAAGAUGGAGAAAAACAUUACAGAUGCCUCAACCGUGUCUACAGAUGGAAAAACCAACAACCAAAUAACGAUGGAGACAGAAAAAACGUUGACCAAAAUCAGCACUGUGUAGUGCCUCAGCUUGUGUUAUCUAGAACUGUUUAACCGCUUGAUGACCGGCUCACGCCGUUAUACGUCGGCAGAACGACAUGGCUGGGCAGAUCGACGU